AUGUACGACGAACAUGCCCGCCAUGGCGCCGCAGGUGUCCAAGACAGAGUCACUACUGGGGCCGCCGAUGAAGAAUCUCCGCUUCUCGUCCACGACCAGACGAGGUCUCCCAUCUCUAGAGGUUCGCCAAACGCCCAGACGGUAGUCGCUGUCGAGGAGCCAUCCAAUCGAUACCUCUUCGUCGUCUUCGGUAGCGUCUUCAUCGGUGUCUUCCUCGCCGCACUCGACACCACCAUUGUCGCCACCCUCUCUGUUCCCAUCUCAAACUGCUUUGGUUCCCUGAGCCUCGUCUCCUGGCUUGGAUCAUCCUACCUGGUCGCCAAUGCGGCGUGCCAGCCUCUCUCCGGCCGGUUGACCGACAUCUUCUCGCGCCGCUCCGGACUCGUCGUGUGUAACAUACUCUUCGGCCUUGGAACCCUCAUGUGUGGACUUGCAACGUCCAAAUGGGUCCUACUCGCUGGCAGGGUAGUGGCGGGCAUGGGUGGCGGCGGGCUGAAUGCCAUCACGGCGUUUGUGGCCAGCGACCUCGUGCCUCUGAGAAAGAGAGGCGUUGUUCAGGGCUUCGUCCACGUCUGCUACGGGGCCGGGGCCGGGCUUGGCGGCUUAUUCGGUGGUUGGGUCAACGACUUCUGGGGAUGGAGGGCUGCGUUUCUCAGCCGUGUGCCAGUGAUUGCCAUCUCGGCCAUACUCGUCUGUUUGACCCUCAAGAGCCCUCCACCCGAGCCGCAUGACAAGCCAAGGCUGUCGAGGGUGGACUUUGUAGGGGCUUUCACAUUGUCUAUGGCCCUGGUACUGCUCCUUCUAGGCCUCAACUCCGGCGGGAAUGUUGUUGGAUGGACACACCCACUUGUUCUGGUCUCCGUGUCAAUGUCGGUCGUGGUCGCAGGGGCAUUUGUUUUCGUCGAGACAAGAUGGGCCAAGGAGCCCAUCAUCCCAAUGCAUCUGCUCCUCAACCUGACGGUUCUGGCCGCGUGCUUGAUGAAUUGUCUCAUAACCAUGGUACUCUUCAUGGCCACGUUCUACGUUCCUGUAUUCUUUCAGGUGUACGGCGCUUCCACCACGGCUUCCGGCGUGCGUCUCCUGCCACAAAGCGCGGGUACCUCCAUCAGUUCCCUCGCCUGCGGUUAUAUCAUGAAACGCACAGGAAAGUACAAGACUCUGGGCCUAGCUGUCAUUGCAUGUUCUGUUGUCGGAUUCGUCGGCCUCAGCACUAUGACCAGCGAUACCCCGACUGUUCCAGCCUUGGUAUAUGUCUUCCUGGUUGGAGCAGGAUAUGGCGGCAUGUUGAGCGUCGCCCUACUCGCGACCGUCGCAGCCGUAUCACACAAUGAGCAAGCUGUUGCCACUUCGGCCAACUACGCCUUUCGAUCUACGGGCUCAACGAUUGGUGUCACGAUCGCCUCGGCAGUGUAUCAGAACCUGCUUCAGCAAGGUCUACACCAGCGCUUCGAUGGUCGUGAGGGGUCUGCGGACGUUAUAAAGCGCCUCCUAAAUUCAUUAGACGAGCUCAAGAAUCUCCCUGAGGGAUGGAGUGAAGGAGUAUACCAGGCAUACUCGACUGCACUGCGGGGAGUGUUUUUAACUGGGCUAGCAUUCGCAGCGUUAGGGCUGUUGGUGGCAAGCUGUAUGGGGGAGCACAAGUUGCACAAUACCAUCUCUCGGGCCGAUGAUGAGUAG